AUGGCGACCAAAACAGCUGUAUCUCUAGUUGCAUUUUUGUUUAUUUAUUUUAUACGUCAUUGCUAUCCAGCUGCUGGAUUCCUUGACAUCGAGGAACUCAAAAGUGUACAUUAUGGAUUAGAUAUAAUCAGUGAACCAAUUGUUUGGACGCAAAGGGACACUGCCAGCUCCAGAAAUAAUAUUCAAGUCACAUCAAAAUAUGGACAACAGUAUAGAUGUAGUUUUCCUGAUAGAAUGGAAGCAGACAAGAAAAAAGAAGAAGAAGAAAAAGUUGCCAUGGAAACCGGAAUUCCUGAACUGUUAAAGCCUUUAGAAGGAGGACCAUGUUUAUUCAAAAAUAAAGAUUGGUGGAGUUAUGAAUUUUGCUACGGGAAAUAUAUUAGACAAUUUCAUAUUGAAGAUGGAAAGAUUGUUGGUGAUGUUACAUUCCUUGGAUACUAUGAAUCCGAAUUUGAUUGGAACAACAACACAGACCAGGACAAGAGAGUGAAGAACUAUAAUAGAUUAAACAGAUACCACAGUCAGCAAUACAUUAAUGGCUCACGUUGUGAUCUGACUGGUCGACCCCGGAAGACAGAGGUUAGGUUUGUAUGUGAGGAAGGUGCAGGAGAUUCCAUCGCCCGGAUUGAUGAACCGGAGACAUGUGGAUACAUACUUACUGUCCACACAACAAAGAUCUGCCAUCACCCUUACCUCAAACCUCCCACUAAAAAUACACCUGUCCCUAUCACAUGUCAACCAGUUUUGUCUGAAACACAGUUCAUAGAGUACAAACAGCACCAACUUGAACAACAAAGGCUCAAAGAAGAGAAUGAAAGAAAACUAAAAGAAAAACAAGAACAGGAAAAACAAGCAAAACUUAGAAGGCAAAAACUUCAACAGGAACAACAAGCAAAAUUAAAAGAACAAUCAGAUAAAUCUUCUAUACAAAAAAUGUUGAAAUCAACUGAUAUCUCUUGGAAAAAUAAAAACUCGCAAAGACAUAUGUCAGCUGUAACAGAUCCACUGGAUGUACACACAGGUAUUGAGGCUGCUGGCCCUUCAGACACACAGGCAGCGCUAGAGAAGGAGAUGGACGAGGAACUGGAGGGAUUGAUGGAAUCAUCUAUUGGUGAAAAUAAAAAGCUGGAAAAACUUCUUAAAAGUUCACUCAAUGAAGAUCUGAAGAAGUACAUGCAGGGAGAGGGUGGCACAAGUCUGAAGAUGGAACCUCAGCGUGUGAAGGUAGUACACAGCAUGGAUGAACUUAAAGAAGCAGUGAAAAAAGCUCAGGAAGAUGCAGAUGCUUAUCUGAGCUCUAACACUGAGGAAGGCGGUGCGGGAGAUAUGGAUACUAAUGCUGAUAUGAACUUUGAGGAAGAUUCUCUUCAAAGUGAAAUGUUAAAGUUAAAGAAACUGAAUACUGCAGCAGAGGAAUUUGAUCAAGAUUUUGAUGAAACAGAGCUGGACAUGAUUAAAGAAUUUAACAAAGAUUUAGAAGAAAUGGAUGCAUUAAAGUUAUCACAGUAUAGAGAAGUUUUUAGGAAAAAUAAAGACAGAUUUCUUUCAAUGAAGAAGAAAAUCCAAGAAAGCAUGAUGCGAGAAUUUGAUAGUAUCAUAAAUGAGGCAGGAGAAGAGCUAGGGAUGACAGAUGAUGAGCUCAACACAGACAUUGAUAGAUCAGAAACAUUUUCACACAUGUCAAAAGUUUUAAAUAAACUACUGGAUAAGUUAGAUAAAACAGAAAAAGAUAUAAGAAAAGUUGACAAAGAAAUAAGUAUGCUUAAAGAAAAAUCUCCCCAGUCUGGAGAAGGGGUUGAUGAGACUGAGGAUCAGAAUGAUAAUGAAGAGGAAAGUUUAUCGUCAGAAGAUUUAAAAAAUGAAAUAAAAGGACCAGUAAAAUCGGAAGAUGAAAGAGUAAAAGUUAGGGUGACAAAAGUAACCAAGUUAGAUUAUGGAGGACUACAAGCAAAACAAACUACUGAAACAGAGAAGCUAGAGAAGGAAGUGAAAGAGGGGCUGGAGGAGGCAGGUCUGGAUCUGGGAGGUGGGAAGAUCCAGGUAAAAAUAAUAACAGCUGGUUACCAAGGUGAUGAGGAUAGCGUACACGUGCUGUCAGAUGAAGAGUCCAAAAGUUUUAAGAAUAUGAUAGUUUCUAUUCUGGAAGGGGACAGUGAAGCCGCACGGGAGGAGCAGCAUCACAACUCAAUGGAACAGAGCUAUAAUUUUGUUUGGGGAAAAGAUAAGAAAAAAGAAGACACCCUGAAGCCUUAACUGUUAGAUAAUAUUUGUAAGUUAUUCCUAAAAACUAUUCCUUAACAAACGUGUUGAAUCAGUCUUAUCAGUUCAUGACAGGAAUUUUGAGAAAUAAGAUUGCUUAAAUGAUAACCAUGGUUCUAUGUGAGUUGUUCAGUGAAAAUCAUUUUGGGGUCGUGACAUUAUCAGAUUUCUUUGUUUGGGAAAAAACUAGAUCUUGCUAUAAUCUAUAAUGUUUUAAUAAAUUUUAUCACGAUUUCGUAUAUGAUUUUGCAGAUAACUGCCAUUUCUUUAUUUCCAUUUGUAGAUUUUUACUUGAUUUGAUUGCACCUGUCAAUGCAAAACUAAUUAUGGAUUAUGUCAAAGCAAGGCCUUUUAGGACUCUUUUAAGAGGCCAAAACUUUUGAAAAUCUGUUAGCAUUAAAACAUAGAUGUAAAUAAAUGUUUAUUAAAAUCAAUAUAGAUGUAAAUAUGUUUAUUAAAAUUAAUAUAUAUGUAAAUAUUUGUUGA